CGUGGUUUUAUAUCCGUUCUGGGGUGCAGUGAUUAACGUUGAACUUUGGUUCCUGUAACUCUUGUGUGUGUCGAUAGAGUUAAGCUGGAGCUUUGCUUUGAAGGAUAAAUAAAGCACAGCCUCUCAACUGGACAUAAAUGGAUCUAAAGACAGCAGUAUUUAACGCAGCUCGGGAUGGCAAACUCCGGCUUCUCACCAAGUUGUUGGCAAGCAAAUCCAAAGAGGAGGUUUCCUCCUUGAUCUCUGAAAAAACAAAUGGGGCCACGCCACUCUUGAUGGCUGCCAGGUACGGGCACCUUGACAUGGUGGAAUUCCUCCUUGAGCAGUGCAGUGCCUCCAUAGAAGUAGGAGGCUCCGUCAAUUUUGAUGGUGAAACCAUUGAGGGGGCUCCCCCUUUAUGGGCUGCUUCUGCAGCAGGACAUCUGAAGGUGGUCCAGUCUUUGUUAAAUCAUGGAGCGUCUGUCAACAACACGACUUUAACCAAUUCAACUCCUCUUCGAGCUGCAUGUUUUGAUGGCCAUUUGGAAAUAGUGAAGUACCUUGUAGAACACAAAGCUGAUUUGGAAGUGUCAAAUCGACAUGGACAUACAUGCUUGAUGAUUUCAUGCUACAAAGGGCAUAAAGAGAUUGCUCAGUAUUUACUUGAAAAAGGGGCAGAUGUUAACAGAAAAAGUGUUAAAG